AUGUCAGAGAUCAAACCAUUCACCAUCGCCGUGCCGGAGACGGCGAUCCGGACCCUCCAUGCCAAGCUGGAUCUCGCGACGUUCCCCGAGGAGGCCAGCUUCCUGGAGGACUGGGGAUCCGGCGUGCCCCUCGGCGAGAUCAAGCGUCUUGCGCGGUACUGGCGGGACGGGUUCAACUGGCGCGAGCAGGAGGCCCGGCUGAACGAGCUGGCCCAUUUCACCACUGAUGUCUCGGUUGAGGGGUUCGGGGACAUCAAUGUCCAUUUCGUGCAUGCGAAGAGCACGAGGCCAGGGAGCAUCCCGCUGCUCUUCUGCCAUGGAUGGCCUGGGAGCUUUCUCGAGGCUAUCAAGAUCAUCCCGCUGCUCACAGAGCCCAGGGACGAGAAAGACCCUUCGUUCCAUGUGGUCGCUCCGUCCCUGCCCAACUUCGGCUUCUCUCAGAUCGUCUCGAAGCCGGGGUUCAGCGGCCCUCAGUAUGCCGAGACCAUGCACAAGAUCAUGCUGAAGCUGGGAUACAACCAAUACGUGACCCAAGGCGGCGACUGGGGCUUCCUCAUCACCCGCCUCAUGGCGAUCCAGUACCCAGCCCACUGCCUGGCCACGCACAUCAACACGGUCAUCUCCAGGCCCCCAACCCUCAGGACGCCCCUCCAGUACCUCCUGCACGCCAUCCUCCCCUACUCCAGGGAGGAGAAGGCCGGCCUGGCGCGCACGGCGCAGUUCCAGGUCACCGGCACCGGCUACAGCACCGAGCAGGGCACCAAGCCCUCCACCCUCGGCUUCUCCCUCGCCGACUCGCCCGUCGGCCUGCUCGCGUGGAUCCACGAGAAGCUGCACGACUGGUCCGACGCCUACCCCUGGACCGACGACGAGGUCCUCACGUGGAUUUCCGUCUACCAGUUCUCGCGCGCCGGCCCCGCCGCCAGCGUGCGCAUCUACCUCGAGGCGCGCGGCCUGCUCAGGGACGGCGGGGACCUGCGCCGCCGGGCGGCCGAGUACGUCCCGGGAGUGAAGCUCGGGCUCAGCUACUUCCCGCGGGAGCUGGUGGUCCUGCCGCUCCGGUGGGGGAGGACGCUGGGGCCCGUGGUGUUCGAGGCGAGGCACGAGGCAGGAGGGCACUUCGCCGCGUACGAGAGGCCCGAGGAGCUGGCGGGGGAUGUGAGGAGGAUGUUUGGGCGGGAGAAGGGGGGCGCCGCGGAGGUGACGAGGAGUAUGACAGAAUCAGCCGGAUCUAAGCCCAGCGGCACCAUCCUGCUCACAGGCGCCAGUGGCACCAUCGGCAGCGCAAUCGCAUCCCGGAUCGCAUCAAGCCCUGCACUCUCAACCGAGUACCACGGCCUCUACACGGCUCGCAAGGCAGAGACCGCAUCGGAGCUGAAGAGCGCGCUGUAUAGAUCUCACUCAUCAUCGGGAUCCACGUCCCCUCACCCCCACGAUAUCCUGAGUCUCGACGUCUCCGACCUCUCUGCCGUGCGCGACGUCGCGGCCAAGAUCAACCCCCGCGUGGCCUCUGGAGACAUCCCGCCCCUUCGCGCUCUGAUCCUCAAUGCGGGCUAUCUCGAGUUCACCGAGCAGAGAUGGACCGAGGACGGCUUCGACAUGACCUUUGCGACCAACUAUCUCGGCCACUGGCUCCUGGCCAUGCUGCUCCUCCAAAGCAUGGACAAGGAGUCGGGACGCAUCGUGUUUGUGACCAGCGAGUCUUACGACCCUCUUAACCCGAAGAACAAACACGCCGGCUUCGCCGACAAGAAAUGGCAUCAAUUCAUCACAUCCGGCACCUUCGAGCCCAUCGCAAAGGGGACAUGGAGCAGCUCGGCAGACGACCCCUCCCCAUCCGGCGGCUACCGACGCUACGGAGCCUCCAAGUUCUGCCAAGCUCUCACAAUAGGCGAGCUCCAACGCCGCCUGGACGCCGACCCGGCCCUCGCAAACAUCUGCGUCCUCGGCGUGGACCCCGGCACCGUCCCGACAAACAUCACCCGCCGCGGACCCUGGCUCAUCCGCGUCUUCGUCCCCCUCUUCGUCAUCAGCCUCCUCGCGCCCCUCAUCGCCUGGUUCAACCGCAACGCGGCCCUGCGCACCGUGACGCUCGCGUCCGAGGACCUCGUCGACGCCGCGCUGGGCACCGCGCCGCCGCUGGGGGUCCGGCCCGGGGGUCUGUUCCUGUACGGGUCGAGGGUGGAGGAGAUGACGGCCGAGGCGCGGGACGACGGGAAGAGGCGGCUGCUGUGGAGGGAGACGCUGGGGUAUACGCAGCUGAAGGAGGACGAGACGGUUCUCGACUUUUCAGGAUAA